CAUGAUUGUAUUAUCUAUAUAUACAAAAUGUUUUACAAAAUCAAAUUAGUGAUGGGAUAUAUUGAAUAAACUGAGACGAACGACGAUGCUUAUCUUUGGGGCGUUACCGUGCUCCUUGGUUUAUUUGAAGUAUUUGUAUUCCAGUAUCAAGUAUCUCGUUAUAUAUUUGUCAUAAAAUGACAGUGCCAACAAUUUUUAUGAAUAAUGGCUAUACAAUGCCAUCCUUCGGUUUUGGAACAUAUUCCCUUAAAGGCAAAGAAGGAGAGAAAGUUAUAAAACAUGCUAUUGAACUUGGAUAUAGACUCAUUGAUACAGCUUUGUUGUAUGAUAAUGAGAAGACAGUAGGCAAUGCUGUACGUGAAAAAAUUAAAGACGGAACUGUGAAAAGGGAAAACCUUUUCAUCACAACAAAGUUAGGGAAUAAAUUUCAUCGUGCUGAUCAGGUUGUUUUUAGCUGUGAACAGUCCUUGCAAAAUCUUGGACUUGAUUACGUAGAUCUUUUUUUAAUGCACAGUCCGAUUUCGCUGGAGGAAACAGAUGAUCCAACGAAAAUUGUACCUUCCAAUAUUGAUUAUGUAGAAACUUGGAAAGGCAUGGAGGAAUGCAAAAAACGAGGUCUCGCGCGUACUAUUGGAAUAAGUAAUUUCAAUUCAGAACAAAUCGCUAGACUGAUGUCCGCAGCAACAAUCAAACCUGUUAAUAAUCAGGUUGAAGUAAACUUAAAUUUACCCCAAAAACCAAUGACAGAAUUUUGUAAAAAACACAAUAUUAGUGUUACGGGUUAUUCACCUCUUGGGAAGCCGGGAAAGCGACCACAUAUAAAAAAUCUAUGGUUAGAUCCAAUCGUGCUGGAAUUGUCCCAAAAAUAUGCGAAAACACCAGCUCAAAUUUCAUUACGAUUUGUUGUUCAAAUGGGGGUCAUUCCCAUACCUAUGUCGGAUAAAUUAUCACAUAUUAAGGAAAAUCUUGAAAUUUUCGACUUUAGUUUAACAGAUGAAGAGAUGAGUAGGCUUCAAAAUAUUGGGACUGGUGCAAGAGUAGUACCACUCGAUAAAUACAAGGACGCGAAAUACUACCCGUUCAAUAUUCCUUUUUGAAAAUUUACGCCUGAGCAUGCAUAUAUAUUACACAUACAAUAUUACAUAUUACAAUUUUGUUGUUUUUGAAUAAAUAAAAUAUAUUAAUCAAUAAAAUGUUAUCUUUUACAAAAAGA